AUGGGUCCCAACAUGAGCGUGGAAGAGAGGGUAGUAGCCAAAAUAAUGCAGGAUAGUUAUGAGGUAUGUUACAAGAGAAACAUAACCAGAAGCAAAGGCCUCUGGCGGGCUGAAAGCCCCUUGGUUACUUCUCUCCCAAUCUUCGUCCUCCAACUAUUAUGCAUUAUUCUUACCAUUCGCAUAAUCACGCUCCUUCUAAAGCCUUUGCGCCAACCACGUAUAGUGGCUGAGAUUCUUGGUGGAGUGUUAUUGGGGAAAUCUGGAUUGGGAGGCACACAUUUCUUUAGAACCCGUGUGUUUCCUGUACAGAGCAUUGUGGCAUUAGAGACAGUGGCAAGCUUAAGCUUGGUUUACUACAUGUUCCUUGUUGGGCUAGAGACGGACGUUAGCCUAAUACUACGUGCUGGGAAGAAGGCCUACAGCGUGGCACUCGCUGGUAUUUUCGUUGCAUUGCCUACUGGGUUUGGCUUGUUUCACCUUCUCCGACCAAAGGCAAGCAUGGCUGGGCAUGGGGGUGAUCUGUUAUGGGGCAUCGCUCUCUCCUGCACCAACUUCCAAGAGCUGGCUCGAAUCCUCGCCGAAGUGAAGCUUCUCCGCUCUGAGGUGGGACGGACGGCCUUGACUUCCUCCCUGAUCACCGACUUGUCUAGUUGGAUUCUUCUGGUGCUGGCACAGGCGACACUCGAGACCCAGAGAAUGUAUAUUACACUGUCCUCCACCAUCGUCUUCACGAUUUUCCUUGUGUUUGCAGUGCGUCCAGCUCUCAAACGGGUCAUAUCAAAAGAAGACAAUAACUAUAACGAUUUCCAUGUGUGCUGUGUUCUGACUGGGGUUCUCCUCUGUGGAUUCAUCUCGGACGCAUGCGGCGUACUCCCCAUCGCUGGGGUUUUCAUGCUGGGAGUUAUCAUGCCAAAAGGGGAGCUUAAAGAUAUGCUAAUGGAGAGGAUUGAAGACUUUGUGUCGGGGUUCAUGAUGCCUCUCUUCUUCAUAGUUAUUGGACUCAGAACCAGUCUGAACCAAAUGGCCUAUCAAACCACUCUGGGCCAAACCUUGCUAGUAAUAGGCUUAGCUUGCGCACCCAAGAUUUUGAGCACGUGCCUUGUUUCUCUAUUCUACAGCAUGUCAGCUCUCGACGGUCUCGCUCUUGGACUGCUUAUGACCACCAAAGGUUUAUUGUCUUUCAUUGUACUUAACUCUGGACGUACUAGAAGGGCUUUGGACGACCAAACGUUUACAGUGAUGUUGGUGGCAUUUUGGUUCAUGACGCUUGUGAUAGGGCCUAUCCUGGCAUGCACUUACAAGCGCUCAAGGUAUGGCAGGCAAUACAAGCGCAGGACCAUACAAAGUAUAAAGCAAGAAAGCGAGUUUGUAAUCCUUGCAUGCGUUCAUUCCAUGCGCAAUGUAUCCGGAAUCAUCAGCCUCCUCCAGGCUUCCAUUGCCAGUAGUACUACUGAACUAUCCCCAGUCUGUAUCUUCGCCGUCCACCUAGUCGAACUCACCGGCCGCGCUUCCUCCAUGCUCAUUGUGCACGACACGUACGGCAAGUGUUUAAACAAGGGUAGUGCUGCAUGCACUACAAGAGCUGCCCAUCCUGAUAGCGUUUUGGGUGCUUUUGAGAGCUUGGAAAGCAAAGGCAAUGGCGUGGCCGUCCACCCUUUAACCGCCAUGUCCGCUUAUGACUCAAUGCACGAAGACAUUUGCAGCCUUGCGGAGGACAAGCGUGUGAUCCUCAUACUCAUUCCCUUCCACAAACAACCCACCUUUGACGGUGGAAUGGAGGAUUCCAACCCUAUUCUGAGAGGAGUCAACGAAAACGUGUUGGCAAAUGCACCGUGCUCAGUUGGUAUCUUUGUAGACCGUGGACUCAUUUUGUCCACGACGAGCAAAGAUUCCAACCAUGGUAACAUUGGGCAACGCUUUCUCGUACUCUUUAUUGGCGGUCGAGACGACCGUGAGGCAUUGGCUUAUGCGUGGAGGCUGUCAGGGCACUCGGCUGUAAGCUUAGACGUAGUCCGGUUUCUUUCAGAUGAUGACCAUUUGAACCCAACAGAUGAGAACCACCAAGGAGACGAAGACGACGACAAGGAAGAGAUUUUAGCAGCUACCCCAAAGGAUAUUGACAAAGAAAAGCAGUUGGAUGAUGAGUACAUAGCAAAAUUCAGGCAAAGUUCAAGUAGCAACCCCUCAAUUACAUAUAUGGAGAAGGUGGCAAAUAAUGGGGAAGAAACUGUAAAAACAAUAAGUAAUUUGGGGCAUGAAUAUGAUUUGUACAUAGUAGGAAGAAGGGAAGGAAUGGUGUCACCAUUGACAUCGGGUUUGACGGAGUGGAGUGACUUCCCAGAGCUUGGAGCUUUGGGGGACACAUUGGUGUCUUCGAGCUUUUCAUCAAAUGUAUCAGUCCUAAUCGUAGUGCAGCAACAUAUUGGUGGUGGUGGUGGAAGAGGAGAGGAAAUGGAGAAUGAUGAACCUGAGCACACUGGACAUCUUAAGGAGCAAUUUGGGCACAUGACAUGGCAGCCACCUCCCAAGGGUAACCCUGAUAAGGAACCCUUUGUGCAUCGUGUAGGAGAUGAUUAUGACGACCACGAUGAUUUUUGA